CGACGACAGCGUCCAGGGCGAAACGACUACAGCUAUGCGCUCUUCAAGUUGUCUGGCCCGCUGUGCAAGGGUGAAAGUAUUGGAUUAACUAUUAGUUAUCUUUAACGACUGGAAUUUGACUCAACCUAUCCUCAAAAUGAUGCAUUUCCUGCUGCUCUUCAGUCGCCAAGGCAAGCUCCGCCUCCAGAAGUGGUUCACGCCCAUCCCUGAGCGAGAGAAGAAGAAGAUCGUCAGGGACAUGACCACCAUGGUGUUGGGGCGGAAACCACGCUCCUGCAACUUCCUGCACUGGAAAGACCUGAAGAUCGUCUACAAGAAGUAUGCCAGUCUGUAUUUCUGCUGUGGUCUGGAUGCUGAGGAGAAUGAGCUGCUAGCCCUAGAGGUGCUGCAUCGCUAUGUGGAGCUGCUGGACAAGUACUUUGGCAAUGUAUGUGAGCUGGACAUAAUAUUUAACUUUGAAAAGGCUUACUUCAUCCUGGAUGAGUUUCUGUUGGGGGGAGAGGUACAGGAGACGUCCAAACAGGUCGUAUCCCGCUCCAUCGAGGCCUCAGACAUGCUACAGGAGGCUGAGAUUGACAACAGUGAUUAUGAUCUGGAGCUUGGAUGGCCUUGAAUUUGGACAAAGACCAUGGAGGAAUACAUGAGCAAGCCUGCGUUCUAAUACUGGAACCGGGGAUCUACACACAAGAAGGAAUGUGGAACACAGGACCAUUCCAGAACUGGAAGACUUCCUACUGUACAGAAUCCAUGGAAUUACGAGUUCCAGAAUUCUAUUUCUAUGACGGAAUUUGUCUGCUGAGGUGGGCAGGAUGUUUUAUCCUGGAUUGUUGUGUUCUAAAUACGGCUUUAUUUUUCCUCUUAAGGUAAGGACGAGACUUUAGCUGUUAUUAUUGAUAUGAUCACCCAUCCCCCUGGAUCCUUGAAGUAGUUACUGAAAACUAUGGUUAUAACAAUCCUUAUAUAUCACCACGAAGUGCUUUUGAAUCAAUUCUUGAUUUCUUCAAUGACAUGUUGUGCAUGUAAGAUUAUAUGGAAAUUGAAGAAGUGCCUCUUUAGAAUAUGUUUUUGAAUUUGCAUUUUAAAUGCAUCUUGUAGACUAGCCUUGUUUUGUAUAAUCUUGGUUGGGACUAGCCUUUUUGGAAAGGGAAUUAUUUAUCUGGGUGAAUGUUACGGUUUGUUUUUUAUAAAACUAAUUAUUGAUUUUGAAUGUUGACGACGUUGGAAUUAAAGUGCAUUUUGAUACUUGAA